AUGCCAAAAUCUUCAACUUCUACAUCAGCCCCGCACGAGCUGCGAGCAUGUACAGAAUGUCGGAAACGCAAAAGCAAGUGCUCUGGGACGCCGCCCUGCUCGUACUGUUCCCGAGCCAACAAACCAUGCAUUUUCGGCCGUCCAUCGUUGCGAACGCCAUUGACGCGCAAGAACAUGGAUCAAAUAGAACGUCGCUGCGCCAGUUUAACAGCACUUUUGCGUCGGCUCAACCCGGAUGUUGAUAUCGAGGACGCACUGAAGACGACGGCUAUUCCACGGAAUGCCCUGCAACCCUCAGCUUUUGAAGGAGUGAGCCCCGCUUCGGUUGAUGAGUUUGAAUGGAGCGAGGCUUCACUGGGGUCUCCUGCUGAACGAAGACUGGGCCUGGAUGGCAUGGCAUCUUUGCCCACAGGGAGCACGGAAGCUGGCUAUCUCGGCAAUAGCGCAGGGUCUAGUAUCUUAAGAAAUGUCCCAGGCUUGAUCCCAGAGCAUUCAGGUUUAGAGACACAUCAGCGAACACAGGUCUCGCCUGAAGACCCCAAUCAGAGUCCGGACCUUCUGCUUUCAGCACAUCUGGGCACCUCCGCCGUCCUUGAUGGUUUAGUUGAUGCCUAUUUCACGUAUUAUAAUACAUCUUACCCGGUCUUGCAUGAGAGUACAUUUCGACAACAGUAUCAAGCUCGCCAUCAGCUUCAUGAUCGGUCGAGUUGGUAUCCAAUAUUCUAUAUUGUCCUGGCGAUAGGGAAUUGGAUUCUUGGCGGCACUUCUGGCUCGAGAGAAUGUCAAUAUUAUUCCGCCGCACGAUCGCGUAUGUCAAUGCAUAUGUUGGAGUCCGGAACUCUCCUCACGGUUCAAGCGUUUCUCCUAAUAGGAAACUAUCUCCAAAAGCGGGAUCGGCCGAAUACUGGAUAUAAUUUCAUCGGAAUAGCCUACCGCAUGGCUCUUGGGUUGGGCCUUCAUCGCGAGCCACCAGCCGGAGCGAACACUGAUUCGUUAGUCCAUGAGCGAAGAAGAGUCAUCUGGUGGAUCGUGUAUUGCUUCGAUAGUGGGUUCGGCAUUACCACUGGGAGACCCGUUAUGGCCUCUGAUAACUUCAUUGAGACUUGCCUGCCCCGUAAUAUAGACGACUCGGGAUGCACUUUAACCUCGACACUUCCGACGCCAUCGGAACGACCUACAACAUAUUCCGCCAUAAUUGCACAUGCACGACUAGCUUCAAUUGGAAACAACAUUUAUAGUAAUGUGAUUUCGACGCCGAAAGAGACCAUCCUUGACUUAAGGAUCUCUCGCUCAUUUGACCAUCGACUGAAGGCCUGGAGGCUUUCUUUGCCCGUGUAUUUCACAGCACAAGACGUGCCAGAUUGGUUUCGAGGCCCGCGUGCAGUAGUCGGGUGGAAAGAACAGAAUUUAAGAAUGAUGCUGUGGUGGGGGAGCCAGCGCUCGUGCAGCUUAUUAUCCGAUGUCGAGGAAGCACGGAACAUGUGUCAUUACGUUGCGAUUGAGACUAUCCAAGACAUUACGACAUUCUGCUUAGAUUACCGCAACAACAUCCAUGUUGGCCUGAGCUGGUACGCCACGUAUUUUCUAUUCCAGGCGACCAUUGUCCUAAGCAUCCAUUACUUGAGACCGCAUCAACCAUUGGAUAUGAGUCCGGAUUCGGUGAACCAGGAGCUAUGGGCUCUCUCUAUAUCAAGGGCGCGCGACUGCCUUUCCCAGCUGAGUCAAAAUAAUGAGGCUGCAACGCGAUGUUUAGCGGUUUUGGAAAGAAUUAGAGAUCAAUCAGAGCGAUCGCAACAGUCUUCCUUGACUCCUUCAGGCACAAGGCCCAAUGCGAGCGUUCAUGCUGAUCACACCCAGCUACAGCCUGUUCUGGCAACAGAAGACGCCAAUCAGACAACUUUUGCCAUCGAUCCGGCCCUACAAAUCCUCUUUCAAGACACAGCGUGGAAUAAUGAUAUCUUCGAGGGUCUUCAGGGGUUCCCAAUUACGGAUGAAGUCGAAGCGUUUGACUACUUGCCCCCAAAUGCUUAA